AGUGGCAGCGGAGGUGGUGGCAUCGACGUUGAGCCCCCAUGGCGGGCUUCUGGUUACCAGUUACAUGUGCGGGCGGAUGGGAGGCCUUGGGCGGGCCGCAUUGGGAGUGCCGAGGCGGGAUGCUUUUUGGGUUGGCGCGGAGGAGAGAGCAUGGCGAUGCGGUUGCCAGGACAAAAAGGCGCCUCACUGGGCAGCGUGAGCGGCAGUGCAUCAACCAUGACAUCUCAUCACAUGGGAUGGCGGUCCAGAGCACAUUCGGCAGACAGCGUGUUUCAGGGCAGGGCGGGCAGUGGUUGUGCGUCUGCGGCUGGCAACCAUGUUUGUGCUGGUCGCACGAGGCGCGAAUAGCCUCACCAGACAGGCCUCGUGUGUAUGGAUGCUUGGUCUACACAUACGCUCGUGACAUGCGGCCGUUCACCGUAACAACACGACGGACAGGAUACAGACAGAAACACACAGGCACAUUCACAGUAGCGUUGCUGUUGUUGCAUCCAGGGGCUUCCUUUUUUUUUCUCAAUGGUCGAAUUACGUGGCCUGGCCCCUCAUCUCCGAAGAUGGCAAUCCAAUCCAAUCCGUCCAUAGAUGCGGCCAUGGUAUUAUCAGACACGGGGGAUGUGCAUGCCAGGCACGGCGCAUGCAAACAGGUGCUUUUUCGACGUGUCGUGCACAAGGCACUGCCACGACACAGCAUCGCGGCCGUGACUGCUCCCCUACUCUGCUGCAGACUACAAAAGAUGUAGUCUCCAGCGUUCAGCGCGCCGUUGAGCCACCAUGCAAUUCCUUCCUACACAUGGACAAGGGCACGCAACCAGGCAACCCCCAGGAACCUCAGUGCCAG